AUGAGUAUUUUACUUAAAUGUCCAGUAAAAGCGCUACAAACGACAGUAUUUUCUCGUGCUUUAAGCAGUACGGCCGCGUUAAGUACGAAAGAGUGGAGAGCAGAGCGUGGGCUUCCUGCGAAUCGCAAUGCCGAGGGUAUUCUCACGGAUGGCCCUGACUUCACCUAUCAGGAUGGGCGACCAACUCCUCUUUUGCAUAAACAAAUGAAGAGGCUAAAGAGACAGAGAGAAUAUGCAACAAAAAUGGUUGAGUUGUGUUCAGAGUUGGACUUCGCGAAAGAGAGAUUCAAGAAAUUAGAAGAAGCCAAAGAGCAAGAGAGACAACAAAUCAUUAGCAACAGACUUAAGCCCAAAGGAGAUGCCUUAACUCAAAGGAAGAGAAAGUAG